CGAUCAAACAACGUCAGGGAUUUUCCAAUUCCAGAUACCACGAUCACGGAGAGAGAACAGGCUCCUUAAAGAAGGUUUUGUCGAUGACAACAACGAAGAUCUGUCCUACUUCAGUUUCCCGAUAGUUUGGCCAGCCGCAGCAUGUGCAGUGUUUUCAAUGACGCUAUUCAUUGCAGCCAUUGCUGGNGAUGACAACAACGAAGAUCUGUCCUACUUCAGUUUCCCGAUAGUUUGGCCAGCCGCAGCAUGUGCAGUGUUUUCAAUGACGCUAUUUAUUGCAGCCAUUGCUGGUUCUCUGCACACAGACUACAUUCCCACAGAAAAGGAAUUAAAACGGUCGUUUUUUGCAAAGUACGGAAGCACGCACUAUCAAUGUAAUACAACUUUACCGAUGCCAGUAAAUGGUCUUCCAUCGAUUCUGAAUCUGUUUGAGACCAACGUCAUCGGUAACGUUCUCUUUCGAUUAUGUACGUGCAUACCAAUGGUUGUUCGACUCUUCAUCGCCGGCUGCCACACGGAAGCUCUUCGUGUCGAGUACGAGCUGCUACCUUUCUUCUUUCGGGUCUCCCUUGACGUCUUACCUCUGCUCAACUUCCUUGAAGUGCUCUCUCUAGCACUCUUCAGCAUUGUCACUGUUCAUUUUGAUUUUCCUGAGAUCAACAGAUUUUGCAAAAUUGUGUUUGUGAUGGCUGCCGGUACGAACAUGGUGAUGACCACGUCGAUACAGUACUCCUUCAGCAAAAGCUCCAAAGAAAAUUUGGAUCAUAUAUCAGCGAUUCUGAAGAUGGUCUCUGCAUGCGUGUUCUGCUACCUGGCGCCGCAGUAUUUCCAGCACAAUCACUCGGCUAUCUCCUUCCCUAUCUGUUUUAGCUACGUGUCGCGUAUCUAUGCAAUCAUGGAGUACGCCAUAAUCGUGGCGUAUGCCAUUUUUCAAUUGACAUCGUUGAUCGACAUUCGUCACAUCACACUUGUCUGUUAUCCCCGAACAUGCUCCGGCGAAUGUGAACCACUUGAUCCAAAGAACUUUGCCCCAGGAGGGAAAUUCGAGUAUUGCCGUGCAUUUGAGUACCAACAACGUCGAAUCCACGACCUAUGA